UAUACAAGUGACAGAAGGCGGUGUUUAAUAAUAUUUAUAUAAAUUACACAAUUAAGGAUGUCAUCCGCACAUUUAACCACAGGACGUUUAAAUGUGGAAAUUAUACAAAAGCAAGCAAAAAAACAGUUACUUUGUUUACUCGAAAAAUGUGAUGGCACAAAGGCAAUUGUAUGGGAUCAAUCUCUUAAAGGACCCAUUGAUCUUAUUGCAAAAUGCAGUUCACUUGAUGUUGUUAAAAUGUAUCCUCUAUGUGGUGGAAACUUGACAAUACCAUCAAAUAUUGUUAAUGUAAUAUUUAUAACUAGACCUCAAUUAGAUCAUAUGGAUUUAAUUGCUGAAAAUAUUCAUGGUGAACAAGGAAAAAGACCACGCAAAGAAUUUCAUUUAUUUUUUGUGCCUAGAAAAAGUCUUCUUUGUCAAAAGAGACUUCAAGAUCAAGGUGUCUUUGGUACUUUGACAUUAAUAGAAGAAUUUAAAUGUGAUUUGUUUCCCUUUGAUAGUGAUCUCCUUUCCAUGGAACUUAGUGGAUCAUUUAGGGAAUUUUAUUUAGAAAAUGAUCCCACUUGCUUAUAUCAAGUAGCACAAGCUAUUCAUGGCUUAGAAAAAUUAUAUGGAAAAAUUCCCAAAGUUACCGGAAGAGGACCUGCUGCUAGUAAAGUUUGGGAAUUAUUGGAAAGAUUAAAUCGAGAAGAGGAGGAUAAUAAAGCAACAUCUAUUCAAUUACCUACUAUAGAACAUUUAUUAUUAUUAGAUCGGUCUGUAGAUUUACUUUCACCCUUAGUUACACAAUUAACAUAUGAAGGAUUAAUAGAUGAAAUUUUUGGAAUAAAAUAUAAUACUGUACAGUUACCAGCAAGUAAUUUUCGUGAUUCUCAAGAUUCCCCAAUGUGUCUUAAUGAAACAAAACAAAUCGUUUUAAAUUCUGGAGAAGAAUUAUUUGCAAAAAUUAGAGAUAAAAAUUUUAAUGGGGUAGGACCUAUUCUUAGUAUGAAAGCUAAAGUUAUUUCAUCUCAGUUUGAUGAAAGACAUGGAGAUAAAAGUGUACAAGAAAUUAAACAAUUUGUAGCAAAAUUACCGUCUAUGUUGGCUAGUAAGCAAUCAUUAGCAAAACAUACAACAAUAGCAGAAAUGAUAAAAGGAGUAACAGAUUCAAGUAGUUUUUUAGAAUCAUUACAAGUGGAACAAGAAUUGUUAAAUUGUAUAGAUACAGAUAAACCAAAUGCUUUUAUAGAAGAUAUGAUAGCCCAGCAGCUACCACUUCUUAAAGUUUUACGACUUCUUUGUAUACAAUCUUUAACAAAUUCUGGACUUAAACCAAAAUUAUUGGACUACUAUAAAAGAGAAAUAAUACAAACAUAUGGGUAUCAAAAUUUACCAACUAUAUUAAAUUUAGAGAAAGCUGGACUAUUAAAACAACAACAAUCUGCUCGUCAGUAUGCAGUUUUACGGAAAGCAUUAAGACUUACAGUUGAAGAUGAAAGUGAAAUUACACCAAAGGAUAUAAGUUAUGUUCAUUCUAUAUAUGCACCUCUAAGUGUUCGGCUAGCAGAACAACUUCUACAUCCAAAUGGUUGGCAGGGUUUAAAUGAUGUAAUGGGAUUAUUACCAGGUCCUACUAUUGUUAAUGCUCCAUAUGACAUCCGACCAUCUGGAAGAAGAAAUUCUAUUACUAGUGAAGACUCAGAACCACCAAAGUUAGUAAUGGUUUUCUUUAUUGGAGGAUGUACAUUUGCAGAAAUUUCUGCUCUGAGAUUUUUGUCUCAGCAAGAAGAUUGUAACAUACAGAAAAUUUUAUAUGCGACUACAGAAAAUGUUUAGAGACAUUUAUUUAUCAAUAUCUUGUAUUAA